UGUGUGCACGCUGCUACUGCAAAUUAGUAGUGAAUUCGAAUCUCGCAACUCUGUCUGCUCAACACCUGUUGACAUCAUUGCUUCUAGCUGCGAAUAUGCCUUCAGCAAGUCCAAACACGCUGUUCGGGAUGGGAAACCCGCUCCUGGACAUCUCUGCUGUGGUGGACAAGGACUUCCUCGAUAAAUAUGGACUUAAACCAAAUGACCAGAUUUUGGCUGAGGACAAGCACAAAGAAAUGUUUGAGGAGAUUGUCAAGAAGUUUAAGGUGGAGUAUCAUGCCGGUGGCUCCACCCAGAACUCUGUGAAGGUGGCUCAGUGGUUGAUCCAGGAGCCUCACAAAGUGGCCACGUUUUUUGGCUGUAUCGGGAAGGACAAGUUUGGGGAGAUCCUGAAGAAGAAGGCGGAGGAAGCCCAUGUCGACGCCCACUACUACGAGCAGGACGAGGAGCCCACUGGGACCUGCGCCGCCUGCAUCACCGGCGACAACAGGUCUCUGGUCGCCAACCUGGCCGCUGCCAACUGCUAUAAGAAAGACAAGCAUCUGGACCUGGAGGAGAACUGGAAACUGGUGGAAAAGGCCAAAGUCUACUACAUAGCUGGUUUCUUCCUGACGGUGUCAGUGGAGUCCAUCCUGAAGGUGGCCAAACACGCUGCUGAGAACAAUAAAAUCUUCAGUCUGAACCUGUCUGCUCCCUUCAUCUGUCAGUUCUUUAAGGAGAACCUCAUGAAGGUCAUGCCCUACGUGGACAUCCUGUUCGGCAAUGAGACGGAAGCUGCCAUGUUUGCGCGGGAGCAGGGCUUUGAGACAGAAGACAUUGAAGAAAUUGUGAGGAAGGCUCAGAACUUACCCAAGGUGAACAAGAAAAGGCAGCGAAUCGUCGUCUUUACUCAGGGGAAGGACGGCACCGUGAUGACCACAGGUGGCAAGGUGGAGACAUUCCCUGUGGUGAAGAUUGACCAGAGUGAGAUUGUGGACACUAAUGGAGCCGGGGACGCCUUUGUUGGAGGGUUCCUGUCUCAGCUGGUGCAGGACAGGCCCCUGGAGCAGUGUAUUCGUGCUGGUCACUACGCUGCCAACGUCAUCAUUCGCAGAGUGGGUUGCACAUUCCCUGAGAAGCCUGACUUUCACUAAGAGAGAAGAACCAGCUGAGUGUUCUCCGGGACUGAUGCCUUCCUUCUGCUUAUAACUGACUUUUUUAAUCUUCCUUUGUUCCUGUUUCUUCCAUUCACUGCCUGUAUUCAGACCUCUGUGCCUCGUCCAGCAGUCCCGCGCCACCAGAGAAGGCAAGAAAGACAUUUAAUUAAACAAACGUGUGUUUACAAAAACAUGAGCCCUGUUGUCUUAGACAGCUGACGACUCAGACAAAUGAUUUGUCACUAUGGCUUUUGUCCUGUCUAAUUAAAACUGAUGCCUAAGCCAGAUGUGUUCAUUUUAGCAGUGUUUGUCCGGAUAAGGUAUUUGGUUGGGAACCACAAAAAGGGCUUGAAUGCAGGAGAGCUGAUGCAGCUGGUGAACGUGAGGGAAUCAGACACUGAGUUAAAUAACUGUAUUUUAUUUUUAAACCUGCAGUACCUCAGUCAUUGAUAUUGCAUUGAAUAAUGUCAACAUGCAAAAUAAACUUCAGAAGUAUUAUGAAGGCCAGUCCUGCUGUAAGAAACCAAACUACUAGCUAACACGCACACUUUCAAAUGUACACACGUGGAUUUGCAUGUGGAGGGGGAGCCUGUAUGUGUGAAAUCUGAACCCGCCUGCAUGUGGAGGUUUUUUCCCUUGUCCAGUGUCUGUCAAAAGUGAAAAAAUUAAAGUACACAACUUUACCACC